AUGUCCUUCAAAGUAAAUACAUCUGUCCUAAGCAACGCUGAUGGAUCAGCCGAAUUAACGAUAAAUGGGACAAAGUGCUUGGUAUCCGUUUCAGGCCCAAUCGAGCCCAAAGUGCGUCAAGAGCUACCUACACAAGCCAGUCUUGAAAUAAUAGUUCGUCCUGCUCGUGGACUUUCCACCACUAGAGAAAAGUUGCUCGAAGAUAAGUUACGAUCGUUACUUCAGUCGCUCAUAAUACGGUAUAAAUAUCCUCGACAAUUGGUUCAAAUAGUGGUUCAGUUCUUGGUCGUUGAUGAGCAGCCAGAAUAUACAUGCAACGAAUUGAAUGCAGCAAUAAACGGUUGUUACUUAGCAUUGAUUGAUGCUGAUUUGGCCUUGUACCUGGGCUUUGCAUCUACAAGUGUCUGCAUGAAUAUGGGCAAUUUGAUAAAGGAUCCCACAGGAGAUGUUAUCGCUACGAGCGAUUCGCAUCACGUCGUUUGUUUCAGUAUAGAUGAAGGAAAAGCUGACAAAUUGUUACUUUUGGAGAGUGCUGGAGAGUUUGACGAAUCCCAGUUGUUUGAUUUGAUCUCAAAGAGUGUCUCGAUGGUAGAGGAACUACACAAAUCGCAAAGGAAAGCUAUAGAAACAAAGAUAGAAAACGACUACAUAUGGAGCGGUAAAAAAGUAUAA